CCAGAAGUCUGGGCUGGCACGGGAUUUUACUGUGUGUGUGUUGUAUAAGCUUUCUAAGCAGAAGUGAAGAUGCAGGGAAUCUGGAGGAUCCUGUUCUCGCACACGUGCAGCACCAGCUUCCUUCUGCUCCGGAUCUUCGUCGGCUUGAAUGUGCUGGAGGUUGCGGGGUCCCAGCAAGGAAUCCCUCUGUCAGUCGUGAAGCUCUGGGCCUCAGCAUUCGGUGGAGAAAUUAAAUCCAUUUCUGCCAAAUAUUCUGGAUCCCAGCUACUGCAAAAGGAGCUUUGGGCUAUCACAGCACCACGUCCGGGGACCAACUCCAGUUCCGAGGCCACUGCCUCAGUCAAGAGCAACAGCAGGAUUAAUCCUAAAAGCUCCGCUUCAUGUCCCGGAGGGUGGGAGGAAAGCGGAGCCCCCAGAGGAAAUCCACGCAAACAUGGAGAGAGUGUUCAAACUGCAUUCAGAAAGCGGCUCCAGGGUCCAAGCCUAGGAGCUUCUUGUCCUGAGAAAUAUAAAGAAUCUGAAAAGUCAGUCAGGGUGGAAGAAAUCGAUGGCAUGAAACUGGUCAAAAACCUGGCUGUGAAGAUGGAAGAAAUGUUCCGGAAAAAAGCAGAGGCCACCAGGCGGCUGGUGGAGGCAGCAGAAGAAGCGCACCAUCAGCAUGAGGAUAACCCCGACCUGCAGUAUGAGUACUUCAAUGCCGUGCUGAUCAAUGAAGUGGAUGGAGAGGGCAAUAAUGUGGAGCUGGGUGGAGAGUUCAUCCUGGAGCCCAACGAUCAUUUUAAUAACCUUUCAGUCAAUCUGAGCCUCAGUGUGGUGCAGGUGCCCACCAACAUGUACAACAAAGAUCCUGACAUAGUGAACGGGGUUUACUGGUCCGAGGCCUUGAAUAAAGUGUUUGUCGAUAAUUUUGAGAGAGACCCUACCCUCAUCUGGCAGUACUUUGGGAGUGCCAAGGGUUUUUUCAGGCAGUAUCCCGGAGUGAAGUGGCAUCCAGAUGAACAUGGUGUCAUCGGCUUUGACUGCAGAAAUCGGAAGUGGUACAUCCAGGCAGCAACGUCUCCAAAAGAUGUAGUUAUCUUAGUAGAUGUUAGUGGAAGCAUGAAAGGACUGAGACUGACCAUUGCCAGACAGACUGUCUCCUCCAUAUUAGACACGCUGGGAGAUGACGACUUCUUCAACAUCAUCGCAUAUAAUCAUGAAAUUCACUAUGUGGAGCCUUGUUUGAACGGCACUCUGGUCCGGGCUGACAGAACCAAUAAAGAUCAUUUCCGUGAACAUCUGGACAAGCUGUUUGCCAAAGGGAUUGGGCUGCUGGGUGAAGCUCUGGCUGAAGCCUUCACCAUCCUCAGUGAUUUUAACCAAACUGGCCGUGGUAGUGUUUGCAGCCAGGCCAUAAUGCUCGUGACCGACGGGGCAACUGAAAUGUAUGAUGACGUUUUCGAGAAGUACAACUGGCCAGAAAGGAAGGUGCGAAUAUUCCCCUACCUGAUUGGACGAGAGUCUGCGUUUGCUGAUAACCUCAAAUGGAUGGCUUGUGCCAACAAAGGGUAUUUCAGUCAGAUCUCCACCUUAGCAGACGUUCAGGAGAAUGUCAUGAGGUAUCUUCACGUCAUGAGCCGCCCAAAGGUUAUAGAUCACAAGCAUGACACAGUGUGGACUGAAGCUUACGUGGACAGUGCUCUUUCCCAGGCUCAUAAGCUGAAUGACAAAGCGGGCCCAAGUCUGAUGACUACAGUAGCCAUGCCCGUCUUCAGUACAAAGAAUGAAACUAAGAACCAGGGUAUUCUGCUGGGGGUCGUAGGAACAGACAUCCCUCUGCAGGAGCUGAUGAAGUUAAUCCCCAAACAUAUGUUAGGGAUCCAUGGGUAUGCAUUUGCUAUAACAAACAAUGGCUACAUCCUGAUCCACCCAGACCUCAGACCUUUGUAUCAAGAGGGUCAGAAACGGAGAAAGCCCAACUACAGCAGCGUGGACCUGUCUGAGGUGGAGUGGGAGGACAAAGAUGAUAUUCUACGCAACGCUAUGGUGAAUAGGAGGACAGGGACUUUCUCUAUGGAGGUGAAGAAGACAGUGGAUAGAGGGAGGCGUGUCCUGAAGAUGCACAAUGACUAUUACUAUACUGACAUCAAAGGGACGCCAUUCAGUGUCGGGGUGGCUCUUUCCAGAGGUCAUGGAAAGUACUUCUUCAGAGGAAAUGUGUCAAUUGAAGCCGGGCUCCGUGAUCUGGAACAGCCAGAUGUCGCCCUGGCAGAUGAAUGGACCUACUGCAACACAGAGGAGGAGCAUGAACACCGUCAUCUGACCCAGAUUCAGGCCAUCAAGCUGUUCAUGACAGGUCGCAGACCACACCUCAAAUGUGACAGAGAGCUGAUCCAGGAGGUUUUAUUUGAUGCUGUGGUCACUGCUCCACUAGAGGCCUACUGGACUGGACUGGCCCUGAACAAGUCAGAGAACUCAGACAAAGGAGUGGAGAUUGCCUUCCUGGGAACACGCACUGGCUUGUCAAGAACCAAUCUAUUCGUACGUGCUGAUCAGCUCUCUAAUCAGGAUUUCCUGACAGCGGAGGACAAGGAGGGCGUGUUUAAUGCUGAUCACUUCCCUCUGUGGUACAAGAGAGCAGCAGAGCAGGUCCCUGGCACAUUUGUCUACUCCAUCCCCUUUAGCACAGCUUUAGAAAAUAAGAGUGUGGUUUUGGCCAGCACAGCAAUUCAGCUCCUCGACGACAGAAAGUCUCCAAUUGUUGCAGCUGUAGGGAUCCAGAUGAAACUCGGGUUCUUUCAGAGGAAGUUCUGGACUGCCUGCAGACAGUGUACAGCUCUGGAUGGAAAAUGUAGCAUUAGCUGUGACAGUGAGGACAUUAACUGUUAUCUCAUUGACAACAACGGCUUCAUUCUUGUCACAGAGGAGCAAUCUCAGACAGGGCUCUUCUUUGGAGAGGUCGAGGGGGCUGUAAUGAACAAACUUCUCCAGAUGGGGUCUUUCAAAAGGAUCACACUGUAUGACUACCAGGCCCUUUGCAAAGAGUAUGCUGGGAGCAGUGACAGCGCACGGAUUUUAUCAGAUCCUUUCUCUGUAUGUGAUGUUUGUAUUUUUCUCUUUAGUUUUCUGCUGGAAUUUAACCUGUACAGCUGGUGGAACGUCGACCUUUCAGUCAAAGCUCAGAGGUCACGGGGUAAAACUGUGAUGGUUCCGUGUGAUACGGUAUACCCCGCUUUUGUCUCUGAACGUACCAUCAAAGAAACAACAGGCAACAUUGACUGUGAGGGCUGCAUCAGAUCUUUUGUCAUACAGCAGAUUCCCAGCAGCAAUCUCUUCAUGGUUGUUGUGGACAAUAACUGUGACUGCAGCAGUGCCCCUCCAGUGAACAUGGAUCCCAUUGAGAUCAUGUACAACGAGUCACUAAAAUGUGACAGACUGAAGUUUCAGAAGGACAGAAAGAAGCCUGACUCAUGCCAUCCUUUCCACCCUGAGGAAAAUGCCAUGGAGUGUGGUUCGGCAACACGCCUCUCCAGCCCUCUAACAGUAGCUCUACUCCCUCUAAUAGCAGCGAGCAUCAGCAGGUGACCAUGUGAUGCGGAACUGGACAUCAGUAAGGACUAACUCAACAAGAAGAUGCUUAUAAUACACAGAGAACAUGGCCACAAUCUCAAUUUGCUCAUACAUCUGCAACAGGCAGCACUCUACAACAACAAAAGAACGAUCAGUAGCACUGAGACGCACAUCCAUUAAUGCAGAAAAUAAAACGGUAUGGUGCAGCAAUCAAAAAUGAGAAUAAUGGGAGUGACUUUGCUCAGAGCAUUGCAGAUCACAUCACUGACAGUUUGCCAUAUUGUCCUUAAUGUGUGCUGAAAUUAAAUAAGAGCAAGAAAUGUCUACAGUAAAAACAAAUGUUUAGGAGUACAGAAAACAAAUGUGUCUUUGUGCAAAAGAGUAUAGAGUAAGAUUUGAAAUAUGUUCAUUUCUUUGUUGUGAGGGAGGGAAAAAAUGAAGGUUAAUAUAAGUCUGCAGAAUUUAAAAUGCACUUUUGUCAUUUGUGAAAAGAAUUCAGAGCAGUCUCUGGCAGUAAGCUGAUAAAAACCAUUGACAGUGCAAUCAGAGGUUCUUAAAAAAUGAAAUUUAUUUUGUGACUGAAUUCUUUUUGAUGUUAAAAAUCAUAAUGCUUAUGUAAAAUACCAGAAACAAUGGAAAAUUUGAACUUGCUUCAAUCUGUCAGUUUCUCCUUGUUUUAAAGCAGAAGACACUUCAAACAAGCUAAAGAUGCAUGAUGAAGAUUCAACUGUGUGUUUAAGAAUGUUCCAUUGAUAGAGUAUAUUCAGCCAUAAUUUGUCUGAGUGACCACAUACUCAUGUUUGAG